AUGGCCUCCACAUCUCUUGCCAAACAGUUACAAAAAUUGAGUGCUCCUCAAACAUCAAUACUAAGUUUAGGUUACAAAAAAACAUCUCUUCUCAUUCAACCAAAAGAUAUUGGAAAUCAUGAUUUAUCAGCAUUCUUUGAAGUUGGACUCAAAGGUCUCAAGGAGCUAAGUGAUAUCAAUAAAAAAUUUAUUAAAUUUGAGUCAACAUUAUAUAAUAGUUCAUGGCAGACUAAGCAAAGAGCAAUUUUGAGUAUAUCUGAAAACCAAAAAAUUGAUGCUUUGAUAGAAGAAUUUUUGUGUUUGUUAUCUCCUUAUUUUAACUCAAAACCAGCAUUAUAUGCCCUUGAGUGGUUAGUACAUCGGUUUAAUAUUGAACAGUACAAUACUGACAUUUUGCUCGGCUAUGCCCUACCAUAUAUUUCAACCCAGGUGUUUACAAGAUUAAUACAAGUAAUUCCUCUUAAAAAUAACCCUGAAGUUGCCAAAAAUUGGUGGUGGUUAACCAGAUCGAGAAAAACUGGUGUUCAAAUUAAUGAACAAAGUUUUAUUGCAGAAGCAAUCAAUGAUACUAGAUUAUUAAAGCUGAUAUGUUCACUUAUCAUCAAGGUAAUUAAUGAACAUAAAGUCAAUGAGGAAUUAGUAACAGUUUGGACUAACUUUUAUGCCAAACUUUUAGUUGCCGCAUUUUCAUCGUCUUCCAUUUCAAAGAACAAUUUAGUGACAAUAUUUCUGCCAUCAAUGAUUACUGGAUUAGAAUCUGAUGCACGGCCAUUCACAGUUUCUUCCCUUAUAGUUAUUGGUGUUAUGUCGAAGUAUAUAACAUAUACUGAAAAAUUGCAAUUAAGUUUAGUUAAAAAAAUUUUAUUUGUUAAACAUGAAUCUUUAUACUAUAAUUGUACCUUAUUACUAAGUGUAAUAUAUAAAUCGACUAGAAAUUCAUCAAAUGUCAAAAUUCCAAACUCUUGCAUUAAGUAUAUGGCUGAAAAUUCUGAUUUGCAAAUUGAUGCGUUUAAAAAACUUUUAAAAUAUGAUAAAAGCAUAUUUUAUUUAUUAACAGUUCGAGAUAGCUUGGUACUCUUACGUAAAGAAAAAUCUAUUUAUUCAUUUGUUUUAGAUUUAAUAAAUUGUAUAGAUUUAAAAGAAGAUAAUUACACAAUUGAAUUGGUAAAACUAAUAAUGGACUCUGCUAUAGAUGAGCCAUGGUAUGUAGAAGUAGCUAAGAAUAUUAAAAAUAAAUACAACAAAUCAUGGAAGAAUUCAAUGAAGAUGUUACAUAAUUCUCAGAAUAUAGAUAAUAAUGAGUUUAUAAGUACAUUAAAUGCUGAUGAUACGACAUUAAAUGAUGAUGAACAAAUGGAAGUAGAUACAAUUAUUGACGAACCGGAAAACAAUAAAAUGGAAAUUGAAAAUAAUAUCACUAAUAAUAUAUUCACUAAACAGUACUCAAGUGAUGAUGAACGUCUUCGAGCUUAUUGUGAAAGUUUCUGGAUGGAAAACAUUACAAUUACACAUCUGUGUAAUUUUAUAAAAUCACUUAUUAAGAAAAAUUUUGAUUUUUUAAUAUUAUUAACCUCUGACAACAUCAUAAUUCCAACAUUAUUAAGUUGUUUGGCUUGCGAUAAACAGAAUGUUAGAAGAACAACAAUAACUUGUUUUAAAAAAUUUAUAAAAAAAUACAAAGAAACCAAUUCUUUAUCUUACCUGUGGCUAAUAAAACAUAUUCUUAUAAAGCGUCAAGAUAUUCUUAUAGAUAAUGACCAAAUUCGAAUUGUUUUAAUGUUUGUUCUACAAUCUGAUAAUAUUGAGGCUAAAAAUACAUUGGACAAUCUAUUUAAAACUGCGUGUAAUUUUGAUAUAUCAUCUACGUUACGCCUUAAAAUGUUCGAUGUUUUAUCAGCACUGAAUUCAUCUAAUGUGUGUUUAAAUGUAAUAUCACAUGGACUAGAAUUAAUACAAAAAUCAAAAAUUGAUAUAGCCGAAUCACAUAUUUUAAAAUUUGCUCUCAACAAACUACAUCCAAAUGUUAUAGACUGGAUUGUAAUAUGGCCUAUAUGUGAAAAAUAUUUAAAGGAAACUACCCCUUUGUUAAAUUUUGGUACUGGAAAAUUGAUUAGUCCAGUAACAAUUUUUGUUCAAAAUUUAACAACAGAAAUGUUUAACACAAUGUCUGACAAUUUUAAAUUAAACCUGAUAAAAACCUUACUCGAUUUACAAGCAAAAGUUGAAGAUAAUGAUAUCAUCGACGCCAUUAAAAGUUUUAUUCAUGAAGUUAGUUUUGACAGUGUUAUGUUUAUUUCACAUCUUGAAAAGAUGUAUGAUGACUCACCGAAUAGUGUACGAUGGAAAAAUGGUAUUGCUUUAUUAGAAUUGAUUCAAAAUAAAAACAGUUUAGAAAAUGUCACUCUAUUGACUCCAGUUUUAUUCCAUAUACUAAAAAAGUGUUUAGAGUUUGAAGAUCAGUCAAGUUUAUUAGAAUACACUAAACAAUUAUGUUUGAGUUGUAUUUUAAAUUGUUGUACAAUGACUAAAAACGAUUCAGAAAAAUCUAAAGUUUCUGAUCAUCUUAAUUUAGAAUUAAUUGUUUCAACUAUGCGUUUAUCUCUAAACCAACAAACUCAACACCAUGCAUUAAUUCUGUUAUCAAACUGUGCUCAAAUGGUUCCAGACCAAAUUAUUUUACAUGUAAUGACCAUAUUUACAUUUAUGGGAAAUUCUGUUAUGCGCCAAGAUGAUGAGUAUACGUUUAAAAUUACUUGUAAAGUGUUAAAUACUAUAAUUCCUAUUUUAUUGAAAGAAGGACAAGUUGUGACUAGAAAAGCGUUAUCAGUGUUUGCCCGUAGUAUUUUGGAUAUACCAGAGCAUAGACGAGGAACAUUAUUAAGAUACCUUGUUCAAGCAUUAAACACCAAUAGUUAUUUAUGGGAACUAAUUGUUCUAGUUCACAAAGAAUAUAAAUUUGGAACAAUAGAUAUAAAAAAUAAAGUGUCCAGUGAUACUAUUUGCCUUGAUAUCUGUGCAGAAUGCCCAAUAAAUGUAUUACUUGAUACUUGUAACAAUAUAUUAAAUUACUGUAAAUUUUUGGAACUUAAAAAAGGAGAACCUGAUCAAGCAACAUUAAUUGACAUUUCAAACUUUUCAGCAAACAAAUUGCAUAAAUUAAAAUACUGUUUGGUAUCUUUUUUAACCAAUUUAUUAUCAUCUUACACAUUUGUAUCUAAAGUAAUGUAUUGUACAUCUAAUAAUAUAUUAAAAGAAGGUUUUACCGAAAUAAUAAAAAAUACUUUAUGGUUUGUUCAACAUCAAGGUAAUAAUACUUACUCAAAAAACUUUAUGCCUAUCAAAUAUUACAGCAUUUUGGACAAAGUAAAUGCUUUACUUCCAUUAGAUAUAUUUGUUGAUGCUAUAAAUUACAUAUUGACAUUUGUCGAUCUUAAGUCUACACAACACAGAACUAUGGAUUUAUUGAACAAAAGAUUAUUAGAAUCAAAGUUAUUAACCAAAGAUCAAACAUUAAAGUUACUUGAACCUUUGUCAGAAAUAGCUAAUAUGUCCAACGUUAAUACAAAAGAAGAUUUAAAUGUUAAACAAACUGCUCUUAUUUCCAUUACAUUAGUCACAAAGUGCUCUAAUAUCAAUGAAAAUAUUAACGUAUUCCAAGGUAUUCUUCAGAAGAUAACAAAAUCUGUACAAGAUGUAUCUAUCGGUCCAUUACUUGGGACAUUUGUGCUAUGUAUUGCAGAGUUAGUAUAUAGUUUAAAAACUAAAGCUAUUUCAAGUUUUGGAUUGAUAAUACCAACUGUUAUUUCUGUUCUUCAUAAACUUAAUGGCAUUAGCGUUAUGGCUGAUGGUGCUUUAUUACCAAGUAUAUUGACCGGUUUACUAAGAAUAAUAUCAGAACUAAAAAACUUCCUAAGUCCUUACUUAGUACCUUUAAUAUAUGAAUUAGCAUUAUUAUCAACUACUUGUGAUAACAACUCAUCAAAUGAAAAUGAUAACUACAGAUCUAUAAUAAAAACCAAAUUUCAGCAAUUAAGUGAAAAAUUGUCUGAAAUACCCGGAAGAAUAUUAGAACCAGCUUGUAGUAAUACUUUAGCAGAAAUUAUUAAAAACUUAAAAUUUACAGCAUUCCAAUAUGUAUUGAACAUUGUAAAAAAUAGUUUUAAAAAUGCAAUGACUGAAGAGUUUACUUCAUUCUUGUUAAAGUCCUUAGAUUUUUGUUGUUUUACUCACCAAAACGAAAAUAAAGAAACAAGAACUUUAGAAAUUUCAGUAAUAUCUGCAAUUAGUGAAGUGGCGUUGAAAUGCUCUGAAUCGACAUUCCGUACAUUUUAUCAUAAACUACACGAAUGGAAAAAUGGUGCAAAUAAUGAUGUACGGGUAUUAAUCUAUUUUAAUCUUCUAAAAACCUUAUCUAAUGAUCUUAAAGGCUUAUAUCUUUUAUUUGCGGGAAACUUAAUACCAACUGCAAACUCAAUUUUGAAACAAUGUAAAUCUAAUAAAUUAAAUGAAAAAACCACGUUGAUAAAAUAUAUUGUAUCAACUCUGGAAAAUGUAUUUAAAUAUGAUACGAUUAAUUUUACUACCAAAGAACGUUUUGAAAUUAUUAUGAAACCACUAGUUGAUCUUUUGGAAGCGGUGGACUUAGAAAAUUAUAACAAUGUAUGUCAAGAUUAUAUAAUACCGUGUAUAUCAAAUUUAAUAGCUGCUGUAACAGAUGAUACCUUAUGGAAGGAUAUAAAUUGUCAAAUAAUGCUUAAAGCUAGACAUCGUUUACCCGAAGUCCGAUCAGUAUGUGUUGAUACAACAUUAGCUAUAGCAGAGAGACUAGGAGAAAAUUACUUGCCAUUACUACCAGAUUCAAUUCCAUUUUUAGCUGAACUAAUGGAAGAUGAACAGGAAGUCAUAGAGCAAAAAACUCGGAAAGCUAUUCAACAAAUGGAAAAAUAUGUUAAUGAACCUAUUGAAACUUACUUUUGUUAA